CGUCUUUCCAGAACUCAAUGCUGCUGCAUCUGCCGAGUCGCGCCGCCUUCCAUGGCCCGUUGGUUGCCGCUGUGCUUCUCGCGCUGACAAGCCCAUCACAGGGACACCACCCCGUGCUCAAUGCGUUUGUGGAGCACCCUGCGACGUGGACCAAGGGCCAUCGCGCGCUGCACGACGAGCAGGUCGACGUGACGAUCGGCAUCGCCGCCGCGACACCUCGGGCAUUGGAGGACCUGUUCUGGAGCGUUUCAGACCCCACAAAUGCAGCGUACGGCCGCCACUUGUCCGCCGACGAAGCCGACGCAUUGACGUCGCCGCGACCGGACGCCGUUCCUUCCAUCACCCGUUGGUUGGCAGAACACGACAUUGCCGACGUGGCGUUCUCCCCCGCUACCAAUCGUCUCAAGGUGCGCGGGUCCGUUCGCUCGCUAGAAGCCGUCUUCGCAACCGAAAUCCAUGCCUACAAUGGUGUAGCGGGCCACCCCGUCGGUCGCGGCAAUCGUCGCAUCUUGCGCGCGUCCCAGCCGCUCGCCAUGCCGCCAUCGAUGCUAUCGGACGUGUCGUACAUCAGCUUGAACGCUUAUCCACUUGGCCGGCUGCUGGCCACCCAAGGCCACGGCAAGCAGCACGGCAACGAGUCGAAAAACAAUACAAGUAGCACCGUCGAUAGCGUCCGCGAUGGCGGCGGCAUCACGCCCGCCUUCUUGCGCGAAUGGUAUGGCGUGCCCAGACAAACCAGCGCAAACGAGACCAACGCCCAGGGCAUCCCCGAGUUCUACGAAGAAGCGUGGACUGACAAGGACCUCUCGACCUUUUUCAACAAGUACAUGGAUGGCGACGCUAUUCCUACCCUGGUCACUCAUCAGGUACCCUCCCGGGACGACACAGAGGGACAGGCAUCUGCAGAAGCGUCGCUGGACUUGCAGUACAUUACGGCGCUAGCCCCGCGCACCACGACAUAUGUGUGGUCCCAGUCUGGAUCGAAUCCAUUCUCCGCCGCGGACGAGCCGUUCGUCGAGUGGGCAGAGGACAUUCUGACCAUGAAACAGCCGCCAUAUGUCGUGUCUCUGUCGUACGCGGAUGACGAAGAGCAUAUAUUUGCCGCGUCGGAAGCCUACGCUCGAUCGUUCGACCCGCUGCUCAUGAAGUUGGGCGUCCGCGGGGUAUCGGUGUUUGUGGCCAGUGGCGACGACGGCGUCGCGGGCCAACGUCCUGGUCUACGCAAAACCAACAUUGACAACAAGUCGGAGUGGUGCAAGCAGCAUGGUCCCCAGUGGCCCACGUCUAGCCCGUACGUGACCUCCGUCGGCGCCACGAUGCUGUCCAAAUUAACCGACUCGUCGGGGUUCUUCAACACGCUGGACGAAGUCGUGUGCACGAGCUCUUUGGGGUCGGCCAUCACGUCCGGCGGCGGCUUUUCCACGCAAUAUGCGCGGCCUGCUUACCAGGACGCCGCCGUCCAAGGGUACUUGGCCACUCGGAACAUCCCGCCACCGAGCUUCUUCAACGUGUCCGGAAGAGCGUAUCCGGAUGUGACAGCGUUUGGUCACGACUACAUUGUGGUGCUGAAUGGCGACAAGGCGCUGAUCUCGGGCACGUCGGCGUCGACGCCCGCGUUUGCCGCCAUGAUCACACUCGUGAAUGACCUACGAUUGAAUGCUGGCAAGCCAGCGUUGGGGUUUAUAAACCCGGCGUUGUACCGUCUACAAGCCGCGUACCCUCUCGCAUUCCAUGACAUUACCACGGGCACGAACGCCGCGGGGAUGGGACCGGGCAUGCCCGUGUGCGACCUGUCGUUUCAUGCAGAGAGUGGAUGGGAUGCCGUGUCUGGGCUCGGCAGCCCCAAUUUCCCCGUGCUGAGUCAGCUGCUACUGAACGUCGAAGACGUGCUAAGUGAUACCAAAGUACUGGCAAAUGUGCCACCUCUAUCGAACCAACAGAUGCAGGAAGACGCUUCUGGCAGUGUCAAGACCCUGGUGGGGGCGUCCGUGGCGGCGCUCGUGGCGGCGGUGGCGGUGGCGGCGGCGGCUGUCGUCUAUGUCAAGAGGCAUGCGCGAAAGGCCGAGUACUGCGAAGUGGACGUGAAUAAGGGCGAUACGCCAAAGUACCCGAGCCAAGACAAGACGGCCGCGUCGAUUUUUACCAUUGACGAUGAGGAUGAAGAGGUCGAGUUGACUGAAGUCACACUGGAUCGGUAGGAGUUUGUGGAAUAGUACUACUACUAGUAGUAGUACGUAGUAGGUGUGUACUGAAUACAAGAAGACGCUACUAUAAGAGUAGGCGUUGAUUUGCUAUGAUCGUUUGAUCAAGCGGUG